UGGACGGGAGACAUCCCGGCGCACGACGUCUGGCAGCAGCGGCGUGAGGACCAGCUGCUGGCCCUGCGCACCGUCAGCGCGCUGCUGCGCCAGCACCUGGGCACGCUGCCCGUCUUCCCGGCUGUGGGCAACCACGAGGCCACCCCCGUCAACGCCUUCCCUCCGCCCUACGUGCGCGGCAACCAGUCGGCCGCGUGGCUCUACGACGCCAUGGCCGAGGCCUGGCAGGACUGGCUGCCCCCCACGGCGCUGAGCACCCUCCGAGCCGCUGGGUUCUACACGGCACAGGUGUGGCCGGGGCUGCGCCUCGUCUCGCUCAACAUGAACUUCUGCUCCCAGGCCAACUUCUGGCUGCUCAUCAACUCCACUGACCCCGCGGGGCAGCUGCAGUGGCUCGUGGGGGUGCUGGAGGCCGCUGAACGUGACGGCGAGAAGGUGCACAUCAUUGGGCACAUCCCCCCAGCGCACUGCCUGCGGAGCUGGAGCUGGAACUACUACCGCAUCGUGAACAGGUUUGAGGGCACCAUCGCCGCGCAGUUCUUUGGGCACACGCAUGUGGAUGAGUUUGAGAUGUUCUACGAUGAGGAGACGCUGACGCGCCCCGUGUCCGUGGCCUUCGUGGCACCCAGCGUCACCACCUACAUCAACCUCAACCCCGGGUACCGCGUCUAUGAGGUGGAUGGUGCCUACCCUGGCAGCUCACACUCCGUGCUGGACCACGAGACGUUCAUCCUCAACCUGACCGAGGCCAACGUGCCGGGGGCCGAGCCGCGCUGGCAGCGCCUGUACGGCGCCCGUGAGGCGUACGGCAUGGCCAGCGCCUUCCCCUCCGACUGGGAUCUGCUCAUCCGCCGCUUCCAGGACGACGAGCGGCUCUUCCAGCGCUUCUGGUACCACUUCCACAAGGGCCACCCGCCCCGCGAGCCGUGCCUGGAGGCCUGCAAGGCGGCCCUGCUCUGCGCGCUGCGCACCGGCCGCUCCGCCGACCCCAGCCUCUGCCGCCCGCUGCGCCCGGCACGACCCUUCCAGCAGAUCCAGGAGUUCUGGAGGCAGCGGCGGCUCUGCUGAGAGCUCUGUGGGACCCGUGGAGAUGGGGAUGGGCACCCCGUGAACCCUGGGGUGGGA